UUUUGUCGUUCGAAACCAGAACUUCUUCAUAAAGUAGAGACUGUACGUCAAGUUCUAGAAGUGGCCAAAAAUAACGAAAAUCAACUGAUCUUCUUCAGUGCAUUCCGUUUCUUCCAGUCUCUCAAUAAUGAAUUGAGAGGAACUCCUAACUUCUUACCUGGUAAGACACCCUAUUUUUCUGGCUUCUCGCCAUUAUAUACGUCGUUUGCCUUAGAAGUAUAUCUGCUAUACAAACAGCUGCUUCAUCGCAUGAGCAAGUUUGGCUUUCGGCUGCACUUGAUCUAUAAGCCAGCGCAGCUGGGUCGACUUAUACCCCUAACUUUGCGUCGCUAA